AUGGGGGAGGGGAGUGAGGAGCCGCCUACACACACCUCCAGCGGCCACCUGCAGCCCCACGACGCCUCCUUCACCUCCGCCCACGAGGACGCCCUUAUGGACGAGGACGUGGACGAGGCAGCCUCCGGCGACGACGAAGACGGCAGUGAACCCGGUGUUGGCGUCAGUGAUGAUGUGAGCGCCGACGACCUCCGCCCACACGGAAUAGAUGUUCACCACCCGUCAGCUUUCGUCCGCCCCACGCCCCUACACCUCCGCCCGGAGCUAGAGGGUGUGGAAGGCAUGACGGGGCUGGGUGCUGGGGCGCUGGGUGGCCACCUAGGGAACCCCGCCGCCCACCUCCCUCCUCUAUGGUAUCCCCCCUGGGUGGCCGCCUUCAAGCCCAUGUUCGGUCUACAAGCGCCGCGGCCUACAGGUCGAAGGUCCAGGAAGCCAGGGGUCGACCGCAAACCACGUCAAGCCUACAGUGCGAAACAGCUGGAGCGACUUGAGGCAGAAUUCAAAAUAGACAAGUAUCUCAGUGUGUCAAAGAGGCUGGAGCUAUCUCAAGCACUCUCCCUAACCGAAACUCAAAUAAAGACAUGGUUCCAAAACAGACGCACGAAGUGGAAGAAACAAAUGGCUGCAAGGAUGCGGUUGGCUCAACGUCAAGGACUCCUUCCACCACAUCUUUACCCAGCUCUACCACCAAUCCCUCCUAUUUUGGGACCCUAUUACCCUCUCACACCGCCCACACAUGGCCAUAUUGUGCCACCUCCGCCCCUUCUAACUCCCAUGUCACCACCAGAUCCACCAUACUCUACUGCACAUGAUCCUGCCUCAUCCUAAAUGACAAAGGUAUUGUUUUAAGUGAAUAUGAUGCCCCUAACAAUUUUGAUAAAACUGGUCAAACGAUAUGGCGAGACUUUUCAGACACUGCAGUCAUUUUUUUUGCAUGAGGCUUAAUAAUAACUAUCCUGUAUUGUAUAUAAUUCUGCCAUUCAAUGGAGUCUAGAUAAUGUAGUAAAUCUAGCAUAAAAUAAAUACUACAAAGUUGACUGUAUUAGGUAAAAAUCCCCCAAAACAAGUCUAAUAUUUUUUUAAUACGAAAAAAUGGUUGAAUAUUGGCUUGUUGGAAACUUUUUCUGCUAUGUGUAAAUGCGGAGAUCGUUUCAACAAACAGCACCUACAUACAGCACAUGACAGUUUAUUAUGGGUGCAGUAUUCCAAAACUAUAGUAAAUUUGCCAAUAUAUUUUCAUCAUUCAUUUUUCAACCAGAAAAUAAGAAAAUUCCAGCCUGUCACAGUUAUUGACUACUGUACUUUACACUUUAAUGGAUGUUUUCUGCAA